UGUGCAGAUCCACAUUAUCUAUGCAGGCAGCCCCAUCACUCAUUCAUAGACUCUCCCCUUCCAGCUGCCUCCUCCGUCCCUAUUUCCUCCUUUGAAUGUUUGAUAAAUGCAGUCUGAAAAGAGGAGCAACAGAGGAGGAUAGGGAAGGGGGUGGGUAGAACUAACUGCCCUUUAGAAACGAUCCUUUUAUUCCACAGUCAGUACAGCAGCUGCUUAUAGACCCUGUAGGGCUCUUUGUAGUAUGGUUGCCUAUUUCUGGUAAGACUCCAAAGCAGAACUGAAAGGUCACCUGGAUAUGUCUUGGCACUCCAUCUCUCCCACCAAGUCAACUGAUUUCUUCUGAAGCCAUCACUAUCUGUAAAUGCACCUUCAUUCCUUGCAGCAGAAGAGAAACUGAAGUCAUGGAUAAAUCUCCAUCCAAACCUUAUACCACCAAGAAAAGGGUAAAAAUACACCCAAACACAGUUACAGUGAAAUAUACAUCCCAUUACCCCCAGCCAGGAGAUGAAGGAUAUGAGGAUACAAGAGAAGAUAAUAGGGGAUGCCUGGAGGAAAAUUCCAAGAAAAGGCUGCUAGGAGAUGCUAAACAGAAGGGAAGGACAUGUUUUGGGACUAUGGAUUCAAGGCCUAAACACGUGGAAGACUCAGACAAUGGAAUUACAGAGCAGUUGCAAAGUUUUGCAGACAGUUCCAUAUUCCAGUCUAGGAAAACGUGGGCAGUGCUGUUUGGCUCUGCAUUAGCUCACGGCUGUGUUGCCCUCAUCACCAGACUGGCUUCUGAUCGUUCCAAAGUGCCCUCCUUGGAGCUGAUAUUUAUUCGCUCAGUUAUUCAAGUGCUGUCUGUGCUAAUUGUAUGUUACUACAAAGAGGACCCCUUUGGCCCUUCAGGGUACAGGUUACGGCUUUUCUUCUAUGGUGUGUGCAAUGUUAUUUCCAUAACCUGUGCCUACACAUCCUUCUCCAUUGUUCCUCCGAGCAAUGGAACCAUUAUGUGGAGAGCAACCACCACUGUCUUCAGUGCUAUUCUGGCCUUCUUGCUGAUCGAUGAACAUAUGCCAUACGUUGAUUUGGUUACCAUAGUUGGUAGUGUAUUUGGUGCAUGCUUGGUCAUGUUACCCAACAUUAUUAAUGAACAGAACUCAUUUCUUGGUGUAUGGAAAGAAGCUUUUGGUUACACCAUGACAGUCAUGGCUGGGCUGACAACGGCACUUGCUAUGAUCAUCUACAGAUCUAUUAAAGAGAAGGUCAGCAUGUGGACUGCUCUCUUUACCUUUGGUUGGACUGGAAGUGUUUGGGGAGCCUGUACUAUGUUUGUGCUGCAAGAACCGAUCAUACCGCUGGAUGGAGAAACCUGGGGUUACCUUAUUGCUAUCUGCUUGUGUUCCACUGUGGCAUUCCUUGGUGUUUAUUAUGCAUUGUAUAAAUUCCACCCGGCCUUGGUAAGCACAGUUCAACACUUAGAGAUUGUAGUCGCCAUGCUCCUUCAGCUUCUUGUUCUGCGCAUGUUUCCAAGUGUUUAUGACCUAAUAGGAGGGGCGGUCAUCAUGAUCAGUGUCUUUGCAUUGGCUGGUUACAAAAUCUACCUGGGCAGAUUAGGACGACAAGAUUACCAUGAAAUACUGGACUCUCCAAUCAAAUAAGAUGUCUGCCUCUCUUUACUGACUUUUCCUUUGUUAGUAAUGAUGUUUCCUACUACACAUUCCACACUGGAGCGACCAAACACAAGAUUCUUUUGCAGAUAGGGUAGCACUUUUACAAAAAGACAAGCAAUUACAGAUUUUGUUGCUGGAGGCUGAAAUUAGCAUCUUAAUUUAUUAAGCAGGUAAAGUGUGGAAAGCCAUGGCUUGGCUUAACCGCAUUGUCACAGCUCUAGCAAUUGACUACAUAGUAUGAGCACACUACUAAACUAGCCACAUUUAUAUACAGAAAUAUACAUCCCCACCCACAUAUACAUAAUAAUUGGUGAAGUGCUUCAAUUAUAUCUAAUUGUGCUGACUACAAACACUGUACUAGUGACCACUUUUUAACAAAGAAAACAUCUAAAUGGUUGCUUUGGCUCAUUUUGCCCACGUUAUUGCAUAUGCCGGAUAGUUGGUAUAUAUUAAAACCUCCUCUGCAAAACUAUGCAAUAUACUCAGUUGUACAGUAAUUUGCUGGGUGUUGGCGAUCAAUUCUCUCAUUAUAAAUAAUACAAAAUACGUUUUCUAUUGGCUUCCUCCGUCAUUGGAAAUUUCUACCACACUGACCAUAGUUGUCUUUCAUUUAGCUUUUGAUCAGAUUUGGUGGGUCAGAUUUUAUCUGAUCUCGACGUGCAACACCACACAACAGCAUGAGAUUUUGUAGGAUCCUACGAAAUCUGAACCCCUACAGCUGUAAUAUAAUGUGGAAUCAGAUAAAAUCGGAUGGAGCCUUUGGUUCAUGCGUUUACAUCCGACAGUCAAUAUAUUUCAGUGAGAAACAAAAGUAUUUCGGACGCCAUCAGUUUUUAUCUCGUCGGAUAAAGAUGUAGCAUGCAGCUUUCCCAUCCAACAGUCGUGUUGUGUAGUGCCCGAUGGCAAAUGUUUCAUGUAGUUUACACAUAGGAUUUGUCUAUUAUUCCCAUUAUAAUUUAACCCAUGUGACUACAUCCGACUUGUAGGAUGCGUUUUGUCGAUCCGACACCAUCAAAAAUUAAAAUCUCCAGUGGAGAUUGUAAGUGGUACAGCCAGUGGUGCAACUACCGGGGGAGCAGGCGGUGCAAUUGGGCCAGGGCCCGCACCCCCUCAGGGUCCCCCUGCAGCUCGCACACCGCUGAUUAUGGGCGGAUUCCGGGCAUACGGAGGGGGGCGGGGGCCUGGCUGCACGUCCGCGCCAGGGCCCGCCCCCCUCUAGUUACGUUGCUAGGUACAGCCAGGCUGAUUACCAAAAAUAAAUAAAACAUAACCUUUUUCACUCAUUAAUGUUGUUUCAUUUUAAUAACCUUUCCCCUGUAACUGUUUCACCAAAGGCAUUAAGUUAUUUUACCACUUGUCCUCUUUUAUUGGCCACUAUUCCGCAGUGUAGGAGUGUGCAAGCUUGUCUGUAAGCACAUACAGUUCCAAUAUCUGUAAAGGAAAGUUGACAUGAUUUAUAAUACUUCAUUACUAACAACAAUUUAUUCGUUUAGGUUCAUUUUUGUUUUGUAACGUGAAGACUUGUGCAGCUUAGACACCAUAUUGAUUCUGCUUUGUCCCAUGUGUCUGAGUGGCGCUGGACAUGCACCUGGAAGAACAGACGCACAUUUCCCCAUUAUAUUCGGUAAGCAGGGCUGUGGGCAUUACAAAGACUAAAUCUUACCUAGCAGUUGCACUGCUGAAUUGUCCCACUGCUCAGAGGGUGCCGAUUUAUAGCAGUUAAAUCUAUUAUAGAUGAUAAAGUCUUUGUUGCUGCUGUAUGUCAGUGCCUUUCGUGGCAGUGCUGCACAUGAAACAAAAAACAGUUUGUCUUCAGAAUCGGCACAUCACUUACUUGAUAUUUAUAGGGUGCAUUCAAUCCCAGGCUGAUUCAAAUCCAACGCCGUAAUCUCUUGAAAAGGGGGAAAAAGAAGCACACCAUACUUCGGCUUCUGUCUUCAAACCAUUUUAUUGCAGUGGCACAAGCUUUCAAGUACAACCCCUUGGAAGGAUCUGAGGAAGGGGUUGUCCCCGAAAGCUUGUGCCACAUCUCUGCUGCAAUAAAAUGCUUUGAAGGCAGAAGGUGGAUUAUGGUGCACUUCUUUUUCCCCCUUUUUCAAGAGUGCUGCACAUGAGCCAAAAUCACUUACUGAUAAUUUGCCUUUUAGUCUUUUAUAGUUAUUUGUUUAUUGUGCCUAAAGUGUGAGCAGUAAUUCUGAACUAGAAAAAAAAAUAUGCCAGAAUGUGAGUUUGGAGAACAUUUUUGCAAAAAGGAGGAUACAGGCAGAGCUGAUCUUAUUAAAUACUGGGCCCAAUUAGGACCAUGUUGGCAGGGCCCCCUAGACAAAGUGUUGCUGGCUACUGACACACCAAGGGGCACAUUUACUUAGCUCGAGUGAAGGAAUAGAAUAAA